UACUCCUUUUUGUUUGCUUUCUCACUUAAACGCUUGUUUGAGCAAUACGGUUUCUUGCUGUAGCCAUUGUUACCGUAGAAACGGUAUACGGGUAUAUAACUGGCGGUGUGUAGGGGCUUGCUACCAGAGCUUUGACAGCCCAGUCCGGCAACUCACGUGAAUAUUUAGCAAAGUCUGUGAUAGAUUUAAAAAGUCAAAAUGGCUGAUUCUCUCGAUCUCAUUAACCGUGAUCCAAACAACAUCAACAAUCAUUUGCAAUGCUGCUUUGAAGAUGUCCUGGCUGAACCUGAAGGUACCCACAGUAUUGACUGUGUGUGGAAACUCUCCUACAGUUGCUUCAACAUGUGGAAAAGCUGCUGUUAUAAGCUGUCAACAAUACUCUGUGGCAUAUGCAUUGCGGCUGAAUGGGGAUGUGACUUUGCGGCUGCUUCCUUCUACCACAUCUGGUGCUUCACACCAAUGUUUAAGAUGUUGGACAUCAACUGUGGAUGCAUGAAAAAGAUGUACACUCAAUGUGUCGCCUGUUGCAUCGAGCCUUGCUGUAUUGCAUGUGGUCAACUCUUCCAUCACUUUAAGAAAUAAAGAAAACUGUGUUAGAAUAAUAACGACUAACUGUGAUAAAAUAUAUAUCAUUAAACUGUUCGGAUAAUAAAAUCAAAAAUGAAAACAUAAAAACGAAAUAAAAAUAACAGUAUGAAGAACAGUCGAAUGUUUUAUAUAAAAUGUGAUAUACAAUAUGAAACGGUUUUAGAUAUUAAAUAUAUUUAUAAACAUGCAUGUUGUAGGGUUUAAAUGUUUCUGUUGAAUGUUCAGUCAUAACGGGUUUUAUCAUUUUAAUUGCACGGUAGUAAAUUCUAUAAUAUGCUCAAAUAAAUUUGUUUCUUUUAUAUGUA